CCAUUCGGGACAGACUACGCGUGACUGUCACACGCGACCUCCACGCGGUGUCCGAGAAUCUAGCCGUAAGCUGAUCAAGGCAGCAGAGCGGAGCACACUCUCACGGCAUCGACUCCAAUGGCUUGAGAUGCCAAGGAUGUAGACAUUGCAUAGCAAGAGGCCCGGAAGGUCUCACGUUCUGCAGCAAUCAUCAUGCUCCAAGCAAUCUUCUAUGCGCGCUUUCACCCUGAGCGCGGUCCCAGUGUCAUCCACCAAUAUCCUCCGAACACAAUCAAGUCCUCUGAUCCCAUCUCCAACCCACCUCUGAUCGUUUGGAGUGAAGUGUCUUCAUAUAUCAUCGCUCCUUACGACCUCUGCAAUUCCCCGCUGUCCAUAUGCAACAAUGGUCAUCGCAUUCUCGGAUAUCCCAUCAGCCUGGAACAUGAAGACUACGACCGAAAUCGAUUCACAUUCAACAUCUGCCUUGUGCUAGACGAAUACGAAGAUGCGAAACCCUGGGAACAAAUUGUUAAGAAGAUUGCCAAGUUCUGCGUUGCACUAGAAUGGGAAGGAUGUGUCUUGCAGCAUGAAGAAGACCAUCCCGGUCGGAAUUCGUCUGGGGAGGAGGAUACUUCUGUCGAGGGCGGCGUGCAGAAAGGUAGAGUGUUCAUGGUGUUGGAGAGAAUCUUCGAGGAUUUGAAUCAUUACGGGGAGACAUGCACCCGAGUGGAUGGCGUGAAGGGAGAAGACGGGCUGUAUGUGUUAAACUUGAGGUUGGAAACGGAGAAGGACUUUGCGAAACGGACGCCAGAGAGGGUUCGGAGUUGGGAUGUUCCAUUGCUUGUGAGGAAUCUCCCGGAUCCGGGCGAGUGGACGUGGGAUCUGACGCUGCAGAGGAUGUAUGGUUUCAUCGAUGGUAUCAGGCACGUAAAGAAAAUUGCUGAGCUAGCCGAUGUGGAAAUCAAGUUGGUCAAGCGAGCGGUCAAGGAGCUGGUGUAUCACGGGCGAGCGGUCUUGCUGGAUGUGUUCCACUUUCAAGCGAUAUAUGCUUGCACGCCGGAAGUGGUGGAUUUCUUCAAUAAUGAAGAACUGCAGGAUGAGUGCCGGAAGUAUAUCGCCAUUCACGUGGAGUCGGAGCCUCAGAAACAGCAAGACGGUCGCAAGUCCGAGACGAAUGGCAGCGAGAGAAAUAUCAUACCCUCCCGAGAGCAUAUCAUUGCACUCUACGCCGACCUGCAACCUGGUCUACAACUACAAGAAUACUGCCUCACCCACAAAACCCAGCUCGCCAACAUCGAUGUUCGCCGACUCAUCACUUUCGGACUCUUGAAAGGCUUCUUACGCCGCAUCCACAAAUAUGCCUUCUCCUCUUCACAUCCCCUCCACCUUCCCCAACGCUCCCUUUCACCUGUCCUCUCCCGUCGGUCCGCCGGCACCACGCAGAAAAGUUUCCGUUCAGGACACACUGCGACGACUCGCUCCGGCGACGAUGCUGUGCGAGAAUUCGAGCGCGCCUGGCGUAAGGCUGCUCUGACUUCAGGCUGGGCUACACCUCCUUCGGGGCCUCAUCCAAGUUCGUUGAGUAAGAGUCAGCGAAGUGCAGAUCAGGUUCGGACUGAAGAAGAUGAAAAGCUGAGGAGUUUCCUCGAUGGAGAGCAUUGCUUGGAUGCGAUUUGUGUUGAGAUGGGGUUGAGCGAGAAGAAAGUUUUGGAGAGGUUGAGAGGGUAUGGACGGAGUGGUGAGGUGGUUCUGUUCAACAAGUGAAGUCUUUGAAGCCAAUGUAGAGGUAUUGGAUGCCACCAGACGAGAUUGAGAUAAGCUGCAAUGUUGAGUUGAAUGACAGAGCGCCGAAGUCUGAGUGGCGGCCAAGGACUGCGCCAUCCAAAUUCUGGCUGCAGCAAUAGAAAAUGCUCGGAGGCGUAGGGUCGAAUGUGCAGACUGCGAUUUCUCUGAGAUCCUUCACUGUCACUCCAAACGCGAUCGGACGAAUGCAAAUACACAUGUACACACAUCAGCAUUUGCUCACAGCAACUGAAGCUGGCAGCACGGACGUGUGUGUAUCAAUCGUGACGGCAAGAAGAUGAGCCGUGGUCCGGCAUGCUUCUCUGUCUAUGCCACAGAGCAUCACAGCCUGAGUCGAACAAAUGUACGACAGACAAACUCAAGA